CGAGGUGUAGCGCAGUCUGGUCAGCGCAUCUGUUUUGGGUACAGAGGGCCAUAGGUUCGAAUCCUGUCACCUUGA